AUGGCUACAGCCGGUGGACCCCACAGAGUCUUGAACAGUCUGAACAAUCGUGCCGAUCUAUUUGGUGGUCCUAAUGUCGCUGUUCCUCCCAAGAAUUUGAUGGCUCCUCCUACACAUAUCUCAAAGUUAUCUGAAAUGGUCACGCACGAGCAAUCUUCCUCUAACGAGUCAACCCCCAUCAAUACCCCAAUGCACAGUCCUCCUCCAGUCACCACUGAUGACUUUGCGCUGGCAUUUGACAUUGAUGGCGUUCUCAUGAAGGGCGGGCAGCCCAUUCCUGAGGCUGUCGAUGCCAUGAAAUACAUUAAUGGUGAAAACCCAUACGGAGUCAAAGUCCCCUACAUCUUCUUAACCAAUGGUGGCGGCAAGACUGAAAAAGAGCGAUGCCUCGACCUCAGCCGCCAACUCGACCUUGAUGUUGACCCUGGCCAGUUCAUCUGCGGACACACCCCAAUGCGCGAGAUGGCAGAGCGGUACGGAACUGUCCUUGUCGUCGGUGGCGAGGGCGAGAAGUGCCGCGUCGUGGCCGAGGGAUACGGAUUCAAGGAUGUGAUCACACCAGGAGAUAUCAUAAAGACCCGACACGAUACCACACCGUUCCGAACAUUGACGGACGAGGAACAUGACAAUUCACGACUGCUUGAUUUGGAUAACACUCGAAUCGAGGCUAUCUUUGUCUUUGCGGACAGUCGUGACUGGGCUGGUGACCAGCAGAUUAUUCUGGACUGCCUCAUGACCAAAGACGGGUGGCUGAACACCCGGUCGGAGAUAUUUACUGAAGGACCCCCGGUCUUCUUCUCACAUACCGACGUCGUCUGGUCUACAUCGCAUGAUUACUCGCGUCUGGGAAUGGGAGCGCUGCGCGCUUCUCUUGAGGCCGUCUAUUUCGCGAUCACAGGAAAGGACCUCAACACCAUUGCCUUCGGCAAACCGCAAAUCGGGACGUACCAAUUCGCUACCCGACUUCUGCAGCAGUGGCGCAAGGAAUCUUGCGACAUCGACCGAUCUCCAUCGACUGUAUAUUUCAUCGGUGAUACUCCUGAGUCCGACAUCCGCGGCACGAAUGAAUUCAAUGAGACCACUGAGAAUGAUUGGUACUCUAUUCUGGUAAAAACAGGAGUCUACCAAGAUGGUGACAAGCCGCGCUUCCCCCCAAGAAAGACAGUUGAAACUGUCUUAGACGCCGUCAAGUUCGCUUUUGAGCGCGAACACAGGAAGACAGCCAAGGGCGAAGUUGUUUCCGAGCUCGACUACGAUACCAGCCAGCAAGUCCCUAACUGA